AUGAAGUUCGCAAAAGUGCUCGUGUCGUCGCUUGCAACGAUGGCCUCCUUUGUGUCUGCCCUCGAGCCAGCCUCCGACCAGAUCGAAGUGUUUCCGUCUGAAUACUCCUAUAUCCUCGACCUCGUCAACGACUACGUCAGUGAGGACUCUCUCACCAAAAGAGACGGUGCCCUGUCAAUAGAAGCCAUCUUAACGGCAGUGUCCAAGUCUGGACUCAUCAGUAACACCAUCGAUGAAGUUGCAGGCUCGCCUGCGUUGAUGAACACCAUUUCCCAGACGCUUAUCAACGUGAUCAACGGCACCAACAUCUCGGCAUUGGAGAACGGCGAAAGCAACCUCCCAGUGAAUGUUACCCAGUUGUUGGACAGCUUGGAUCGCUCGGGAUUGGUGCACUCCACCCUCAACCUGCUCCUCGUCAACGAGACCAACAGACACGAUUUAGCCGUGUGGAGUGGCAAGUUGCUCUGUGCACAGCCAUCCGUGGCCAAGAUCUUGGUCGAUCUUGGAAAUGGCCAGAAGUUGACCUGGAAAUACUUGCACGACGUCAUUGUCAACACCAAGGCCAAGGUGCCCAACACUGUUGGCCCCACCUUGAAGAGCCAGGUUGUGUUUGGCGGAGACGAGCUCGUCAAGAGAGCAGGAAAUUCCAGCAACCAGUAUGCUGGCUCUGCAGCUGCUUUCCUCAACAAUAUCAUCGGAACCGUGGUCCAAUCGCAAAUCUUCACCAGCACCAUCGACAACACAUUUGUGGCGCUCAACAACAGUGGAGUCAUCGCUCCCAUCACCUUGGAAGUGCUUAACAACCCUAACCUUGGAGUCAUUGCCAGCAACAUCGCCCCUGCUGUAUACGACAGUGGUGUUCUCGACAAGAUCGACCUCAACAAAUACUACUCGUUGGCCAAGAAGAAGAAGAUCCUUGCCGAUGGAGUCCAAGUGAUGUUGACCAACCCUACCUACUCUCCAUACUUGGCAUUGUUCUUCAAGCAAAUGGACGAUUCUGGAGUCUACAAACAGGUCCAAGAAAACCUUUUCGGGCCUCAGAAAAACUAA